AUUAUACGUUAUUAUACUACUAAAAGUAUUGGAUAGAUAUAUAACUCGACUUAAUGGAUUUAGGAUAUAUACUUUUCGAUAUACUGUCGAAUGCAUCUCCUCUGGAAAGUGAAAGUAUUCGGAGUCCCCCAUGGCAGGUCAGGAGGUCGCGCCACGCAUGGACACGCACGCCCUCCUCGCCUUGCUUCUCGCCGUCCUGGGCCGCGACGCCUUCGGAAGGUCACCCGAAGGAGCGCUGGGUCGAGAGAACAUUCGGGAAGAGGCGAAAGGAGUUGGAGAAUUGACAUCUCCGGUCAGUGUUUUGACCCCGUGGGAGCACAGGUCACUCUCGCCGGAGCGGAAGAAGAGGUCACUGGGAAGACAAGACCGGAAUUAUGAGUAUGACCUGCAGGAACAAGGGCCAUCGAUCGCUGAACCAGCAGAGGACAUCAUCAGCCUCGAUAUCUCUCCUAAACCCCCUUUACCACCUGUCAUAGGUUCUCCAGUGACUACAUACUCCUCUGUCAUCCGACUCCUACCGGUCUUUAAGUCUUCUGUGAUCGUACGCGCCCCGGAAAACACGGGCCAAGGUCUUGUAGCGGAUGGCGUGUAUUUGCCCCCGACCAGGCGUCGCGUCUUACCCAAAGGUUUACGAUUCGCUCCUAACAUUGUGAACCAACCGUUCCUGCCCUGUCCUGGGGAAUGCGAGAUGCGCAACACUAAUGGAGAUUGUGAUAUUGAUGCUACAUGUCUUUUCGCAUGAAAGCCAUGUGUUUUUAGUGAAUAAUACUGAUUGAAGUCAUCA